GGCAAGGGAUUGGGGGGGUGUAACAGUAGUAAAGUUGAUAGAAAUGAUGAGAAUUACAUUAAUAGCUUAUGUACUAAUGCUAAUACCAUUGUCAUUACUCGGAAUACUGGUUCUGUUACUAUCAUUGGUGGUGGUGAUAUCGACGAUAAUGGUGGUUACGAUAACAUAUAAGUCUCAAACAAGAAAAUAUGGAAAGAGUCGGGAUCAUCAUAGAAAAAAUAAUUCUGGAUAAUUAUCACAAGCGUAAAGAAUGAUUUAUAUCGCCCAGUCCCUAAUAUCUUCAAUUUCAUCCAAAAAAAAUCGAUGUUCGACGGAGAAUUUCUGACAGAGAAAACAUUUUUUUUUUAUCGAUUUUUACGUAAUCUUCCUUCAUCCCUCCCCUUCUAGCCCCCCACCCUCGACAGAUGGAGUCAUAUGGUGCAAUUCCCAUUUAAUCUUAUGUCAUGCUUUAUGCUGUAAAGGAGACUUGCCCAAGAAUAACUUUAUAUAUACGACUAUGAACUUAUAUUUGGAGGUCGGAAUCAUUGCAAUAUAUAACAUACAGUUCUAUUUAUGAAAAGAGUCGAACGAAUAAAUACCGUACGUGAGCUCCUUUUCUUGCUUAUGUAAACUGACGUAUUCUCACAUCGAUUUUCCUUAACCGCUCUAAGCCUACUGUGUUUUUCCCACACACCUUGACUAUGCACCCUGACCGCUUGCCGAACACAUUUUUAAAACCACUGUUGUCACUGCUUUCUAAAUGUUCUUCGAGUAUCUGCUAUCCAUAUGUAAUCUGAAAUUAAAAUUAUAUAUGACUUAACCUAAAGUGUUCUUUACAUUGGCUUUAUGUUGGAUUAUUGGUGUCCAAAGACCAAGAAAAAAAGGGUGACUGCUACAUAGUAUGCCAGGGUAUUUGCAUCUUUAAUUAGGCAAUUGUCAUACUUUGAGGUAAGGGGUGCUUUCACAUCGAGUUGGGCUAAGAUACAUUUUUGCUUAUCCAAGAAGUCUCAUACACUCAAAAGAUAAGCGCGUUCUGUUAUUGCAUGAGAAAUUACUCUUAGUACAAAUGCCUGCUGUAUGUUAUUAUAGAUAAAGUAUAAUUAUGAAAAUCAGAGAUGUCUUCAGUGCCCCUUUCUCUCAGAAAUACAUAUGUUUACAUAUUGUGCCCAGAUCAACCGUGUGCAUAUAAUGUAAUUGGAUAACCAAACAGACAUGUGGGCAUAGAUAAGCAGUGAAAAGAACACGAGACCCGCACUUGGCAGCGAACCAUGGCACCGAAAAGCUUGGCCUUGGCGGGCGUGGCAGUGGUGCUUUCGGUGGUGGGCGCGGCUUGGGCGGCUUCCACGCCUUUUUGCAACGAGCGCCAGACCAUCGUGCACCUGUUCGAGUGGAAAUGGGCCGACGUCGCCAACGAGUGUGAGGACAUCCUCGGGCCGGCGGGCUUCUGUGGGGUGCAGGUGUCGCCGCCGCAAGAGCACAGACUGAUGCCGGAGCAGCCGUGGCAGCAGCGCUACCAACCCGUGUCUUAUCUUCUGGACUCUCGCUCCGGGUCUCGGGCCGAGUUUGUGGAUAUGGUGGUGCGCUGCAACGAUGCAGGAGUCAGGGUCCUCGUGGAUGCCGUCAUCAACCACAUGGCGGAGCAGCACACGCAGGGCUACGGGUCCGCCGGCAGCCAUUACAUCGCCGACGAUUUCGACUUCCCGCUAUAUCACGGAGACCAGUUCUUCUCUCCCAAGUUGAACUGCCCUUCGUUCGAUGGAACUGUGAGUAAUUAUGGGAACGAAAACGAUGUGCGCGAUUGCUACCUAGAAGGGAGAAUGGACCUGUACACGGCGGAGACGAUCGUGCAGGACGUGAUUGCGGACUACCUCAACGACCUGCUAGAUACGGGCGUCGCAGGCUUCAGGAUCGACGCCGCCACUCACAUCUGGCCAGAGGAUUUGGGCUACAUUCAGGCCAAGACCAACAACCUGAGUGAGGCUGCUGGUUUCCCCAACGGCGCCAGGCCCUACUUCUAUUAUGACGUCAUCGCGCCCGGGACCGCUAUCACCCCUGCUGACUACUAUCAUCUUGGUGGUGUGACGGAGGCGCAGUAUGGCAAGAAGGUAGCAUUGGCAGUGAACGACUUCUCGCUGCUAGAGAACAUGUACGACCCCGCAUGGGAGAUGGCGCCUCCCGCAAACGCAGUCGUCUUCGUGGACAGCCACCUAAGCCAGCGAGACAACUCCAUUCCCGCAGGCGAGCUGCUGACCUUCCGCAGUCCGCGGGAGUACCGCAUGGCCACGGCCUUCAUGCUGGCCGACGACUACGGCCUGGCCCGAGUCAUGAGUAGUUACCAGUUCGCUUCAGACGAAGAAGGGCCGCCCACCGACGCCCUCAACAACACGCUCGACGUGAUCACCGACGCCAACGGCGACUGCUUGGGCGGGUGGGUGUGCGAGCACCGCUGGCCGCCCAUCCUCAACAUGGUCAGUUGUGAGCUUGUGGAGUUCAGGAACAAAGUGGCAGGAACGAAUCGCAGUCGCUUUGAAGUCCUCCCAUCGGGCGCCGCCGUUCUGUCGCGCGGAGACCGGGGCUUCUUCGCCAUGGCUCCCUUGGGCGUCAUGGACGAGCUGUUGGAUACAGGCCUGCCACCGGGUGACUACUGUGAGCUAGUGAGUAGCUGUGGUGUGGAGUUCACCGUACAUGCGAACGGGUCGGCCCAAAUCACCAUCGCCGACUUCGAUGUGCCCUUCGUCGCCAUUUGCGUAGGCUGCGGAGCUGCUCCGGGCAUUUCUACAACCGAUGAUCUAACAACCACAGAUGAAAUGACAACCACAGAUGGAUUCACUAUUACAAGCGAUAUGACAACCACAGAUGAUAUGACAACUUAUGAAAUUACAACAGAUAAAAUUACAACUACAGACACAGCCACGCCACCAGUCACAACCACGCAUACAAUUAUCACAACAAAUGAAAUCACCACAACAGAGGAAUUAACAACUGAUGAUAUUACCACAACAGAAGUAAUAACAACCACCGAUAAAAUUACCACAACAGAAGAAAUCACCACGACAGAGGAAAUCACAACCACAGAUGAAAUAACCACCGAUGAAAUCACAACCACGGACGCAGCCACAACCACAACCCAAUCCCCGUACCAGCGAACAGUGAUCUUCAUGCACAAGAAGGUGUACGACGACCAGUACGUGUUCCUGCGGGGCGGCCUUGACGAGGACAACAACCUCGUUGUACUCAAGGAGUUCAAUGAUUUGCGUUACUGCAGCGGCCCCCCCGCGGCGAUGGACGCGUGCGCGCUGCCCAUCGCCCCGCGCUCCCUUGGCGACGCCCCCCACUAUGCCAAGUACAACGCCUGGCGCGACGGCGACCGCUUCCUCGACUGGUUCGGGGCCGAGCCGGGGCAGGGGAGCUACCAAAGCACCCCUGCGUCGGGCUCUCCUGCUGCCUGGACCACCAGCGAGCCCGGCGUUCAAGGAUACCAGGAGCUCAACGUGUAUGGCGAGGACUACUGGAUGCUCGACAUGGACCUCGACUGCACACGGACGGAGAACAGCUGGUUCGAGGUGAAGGGCUGGCUCGAGUUCGCCGGUGGGUACACGGGCUGGGAGUCCAACGUGGUACAGCAGGAGUGCUCUGGGGACGUGGGAGGCCAGCCGCCCUUCCCCUCCAUCGACCACAUGGCUCGCUGCGGCCGCAUCAACGUCUUCACCUGGAACGAAGACGACUGCGUGAUCUCCUCCUUCCCCAGCGUUACAACGGCCACUUCGGAGGCAACCACGGCUGCCACCCCGAACACGACCCACAGUCCUGGGUCAACUGCGACUGCCGGUUCUUCAGCUCCAACUUCAGAACCUUCGACUACGACAGAAUCGCCAAUCAAGCGCACCGUCAUUUUCAUCGAGCAGCACACUGCCGAUGGGCAGAACGUGUUCCUGAGAGGAGGCCUCGGUGAACCUCUUAUUCCAUCUCUCAGCUGUGGUUCUGAUGGGGAACCUGUAGAGAAUGAUCCAUGUGCCAUUCCAAUCACCACCCGCUCAUUAGGCACCAGCACACACUAUGAUGGUUACAAUGACUGGCGUUAUGGUGACAACUACUUGGACUGGCAUGGGGCUGAGCCAAAUCAAGGUUACCACAAUGGCAUGCCUGCUGCAGGAACACCUUCUGCCUGGACAACCAGUGACUACAACCAUCCUGGCUACCAAGACCUUAAUAUGUGAGUAUCAGGGGCAUCAUUUCAUCUUUUGGGGUGCAAGGGGGCUGGUGAAUGAAGUGAGCACAUUUAGCAGGGGAUUUUUUUUGGGGGGAGCAUUGUGAAUAACUUGACUAUAAACAAAA